CAGCGGGAGGCAAAGUUCUAUGAGAACAUCUUGAAGGUCCUGCGGCCCAGCCCAGACUACUUCGCCGUGGGCUACUACGGGCAGGGCUUCCCCACAUUCCUGCGGAACAGGGUGUUCAUUUACCGAGGCAAGGAGUACGAGCGCCGGGAGGACUUUGAGAUGCGGCUGCUGACUCCCUUCCCCUACGCCGAGAAGCUGCAGAGCACGUCCCCGCCGGAGCAGGACGUCACCGACUCACCGGGCCAGUAUAUCCAGUGCUUCACCGUGCAGCCCGUGGAGGAGGCCAGGGACCGAUUCAGGGGCAGGAACGUCCCCGAGCAGAUUGUCAAUUUCUAUAAAGCCAACAACAUCCAGCAGUUCAGCUACUCGCGGCCCUUCAGGAAAGGCCCGAAGGACCCUGACAACGAGUUUGCGACCAUGUGGAUCGAGAGAACGACCUACGUGACGGCCUAUCCGCUGCCUGGGAUCCUGCGCUGGUUCAUGGUCAUAGCCACCGCCAGGACCAUCAUCAGCCCCCUGGAAAAUGCCAUCGAGACCAUGAAGAAAACCAAUGAGAAAAUCCUGACCGAGAUCAACCGGCACCACAGCGAGCCCAGCCUGCCUGUCAACCCGCUCUCCAUGCUUCUCAACGGCAUCGUGGACCCGGCCGUCAUGGGGGGCUUCGCCAAGUAUGAGACG